CAUAUCCACCGUGUGUCGACGCGUUCUGCGACGGAACGCGUCGACACCUCAAUUACUUAAUGCAAUGUGGAAGUCCGUCAGAGUCCGGAAGUCAGCUUCAGAGAGUUCGCUAGUUUAUCGUUUGAGAUCUCACAACUCACUUCCGUUCGGGUUGCGUUGCCUCUGUGAUCAUGAGUUGGCGAAUCAAGGUAACAUUUUCUGUGUCUCUUGUGAUCGUGAGUUUGAUCGGGGUAACGUGUUUGGAGAGAGUGAGUUCGGAGAUCAAGGUACCCAGUUUUGAGAGUGUGAGGAGCUGGUAUGAGAGUGUCAGCGCGACAACGGAGGGUGGAGUCCACAAUGAUGUGGAGCGAUCUCUCAGAGAAGCUCUGAACUUCAGCCCGGAUGAUAUUGAUGCGAUCCGGUCUAGCACCUCUGUAACGACGAUUUAUUACUGCCAGUCCGCUUUCGGUUCGACAGGCUCCUUGCGAACGACAGGCUCCUGGCGAUCGGAAUCGCAGUGCGAAUCGGCAAGGCGAGCACGUUUCCAUGGACUUCCCCACCAUGAUUUCGCCGUCGUUCGUCUGACAGCAACAAACUCCGAAGGCGAACUCCUUGAGCUCUACAUCAGCGCCGAAAAGGAAGGUAGAGGACAAGGAGGAGGGACUCCGGGGAUCUACAUCAACUUACUGACCGAGUGUGAGCUCCAGAACCUCCAGGCUAAUAUACUAAUAAUAUGGGAUGGUUUCUCGAUCCAGGUGCCGCUCGAUGUUCUUACCACAGAGCUUUUUGAAGGACAUGAUACAGACUAUAACCUCCUCAACAAAAAUUGCUGGAAUUACGCGAAGGCAGCGUGCAGAAGUGUAUUCCGGCUCCUAAGCCAGCAACCUGGUGUCAACCCUGAACAGAAGCAAAUCUUCUUAGAAAUUGCUGGGGAGGUGAGUAUCUAUGUAGCCACAAAAGUCAUUUGGGAAGCCGUUAGAGGAAUUGGAGUUAUUAGAGGAAUUGCAGGUAUUGUCGUGAUCAUUUCACUUAUCUGGACUGGUGAUAAAAUUAGAAAGUUGUGGAAUACUUGGAGUAGCAGACCUGACGACUCCAAGGCUAAAGAGUCUUAAUAUGGUGCUUGAUGUAUGAAUUUCAUUCGUUGAGCUCACAAUUCAUUGGACAAAAAGCAAGG